AUGAUGGAUUUUGACGAGCGGGUCCCUGUUGGUUCGAACAUGUAUUUGCCCAGUUGCACGUACUACGUGUCGGGGGCAGACUUCUCCAGCCUGCCCUCUUUUUUCACCCAGACCCCGUCCUCGCGCCCCAUGACGUACUCUUACUCUUCCAACCUGCCGCAGGUCCAGCCCGUGAGAGAGCUAACCUUCAGAGACUAUGCCAUUGACGCCUCCAGCAAAUGGCACCACAGGGGGAAUUUGCCCCACUGCUACUCCGCCGAGGACGGGGUCCACAGGGACUGCUUGCCUCCUCCGACCACCGUGGGGGAAAUGUUCGCUAAGAGCAGCCCGGUCUACCACACCAGCUCCAACUCCACGUCCAGUUUCUACGGCGGCGUGGGCAGGAACGGGGUGCUGCCGCAAGUCUUCGACCAGUUUUUCGACACGGCGUACGGAAAUGCGGAGAAUCCCUCCAGCGACUUCUCAGGGGAUAAAAACGCUGACAGACUGGCCGCUCCGCCGGAGCCCGGGCCGUGCAGCGAGGCUGACGGGAGAGAGCGAGGAGAGGAGAGCAGCAGCCCGGAGGCCUCUUCCGGCAACAAUGAGGAGAAAUCUUGCAGCGCCAGUGGUCAGAGAACGCGGAAAAAGAGAUGCCCCUAUUCAAAAUACCAGAUCCGCGAGCUGGAGCGGGAGUUCUUUUUCAGCGUCUACAUAAAUAAAGAAAAGCGACUGCAGCUCUCGCGAAUGCUAAAUCUCACCGACCGCCAGGUCAAGAUCUGGUUCCAGAACCGGCGGAUGAAGGAGAAGAAGCUAAACAGAGACCGUUUACAGUAUUACAGCUCGAACCCGCUGCUCUAG